CAGGAAAUUGCAUGUGGCGCCUAGAUCAGCGAAUAGGGGCAUUGAUCUCGGGCUUUUCUAUUGCCGAGAGGCGCGUGCUUCUCUUCGAGUUGUUGAAUGCAAUAGGCUCAAGAUGGCAAUGACAUCAUGGUCCGAGGUGGACUAUCGUCGCCAGGUGGCGCGCUCGCGGCGACGACAGCAAGCGUUUUUGGCGCGAGAAGUCACAUCUUGUUCUAGUCCGUCCUACAGCUUCAGCUUCAGCGUACCACGCGCCCAGCGCGUAGCUAUUCAUGCAAAUCGGCUCGCGGCACGGUGGUGCCUUCGUCCAAUGACCAAUGAGCAUUGGUGCUUGCCAUGACACCAUGCGACGGCCUGCCAGCACGCGUGUCGGAGACGACAACGCCAUGCCAAAACGCUCGAGUCAACAAUAGAGCCGACCCAUGUCACAAAAAGCACAUGGGCUCUGUGCGAUUUGCCGGUUUCAGGUGUGAGAAACCUUUCAAGAUCCAGCACCCGUACCUAGGAGACGCGCCCACGACGACGAAUAUCUUCCGCGAUGGCGAACAACGAUGAGCAGCAGACGAACACGGUGGAGCUGCAUCCGAAGCGCACCACAUCGUUCGCCACGCGUCGAAAAAAGAAGCCCCCGGUGCAAUAUGACCUCGCGACGCGCAUCACCAUGGAGCGCGAGAAGACCAAGUACUGGGCUCGGAUCCUGCUGCUGUUUCCACUCGUGCCAGUAUGUCUGGCCCUCACGACCAUCGUUUUCGGUGGGGUGAUCAUCAACGUGGCCACCAACGACUGCAAUGCUGAUCUUAUGAGAUUCAUGCAGGGCGCGGUGGUGCUAAGCCACAUCCUCGUGUGGUUCUACACAUACUGCUGGAUGGGUCCAUGGCCGAUCAAGAGUCUGCGUACCGUGCGUGUCUUCUACCUCGUCUACGGCAUCGUGUGUGUGGUCUGGUGGGGACUCUACGGCACUCUACAGGCCGUCACAGCCACGAGCUCGGGCUUCGAAUCGUGUCUGUCCAUGUCGCCAACGCUGUAUAUCUUCUCGCAGUACGAGGUGGCUGCAUUCUGGGUUGUGUUCAUCGCCGCUGUGGUCUUCUUCGUGAACGAGAAGACAGCGCGCAUGCGGCAAGACAAGCUCGACCAGUGGACGCACAAGAAAGAGGAAGCCAAGCGUGCCAAGGAGAAACAGGAGCAAGAGACUCGCGGUCGCGUGCUGCAAGAUGCGCAGGAGGAAGCUCGCAAACUCGAGGAAGAGCAGCGUCAGAAAAUCGCGGCCGAACAGCAGAAGCUCUACGGCAGCGACGACGAAGAAGAAGACGGGGAACUUGACGGGAACGAGCAAGAUCUCGACGGCGUUAAUGAAUAUGGCAACAACGACGACGGUGACGAGAAGCAAGACGAUGAAGAAGAGGAGGAGGACGAGGAGCAAGUUCCGGUGGCAGGCGAAGCAGUGUAGCCAUCCAGUGUACCCUUCAACUUCAAUUUGACGUUUUUGCACCCAAA